GCCAGAUGAGUGAGAAGAAGCAGAAAUGUCCUUCUGGGCAGACAUGACCCAUACGUGGAGAAGCUCAUCUAAAUACCAGGUCAGGAAGAGUCCGUUUGACUUGGAGGACAUGGAGGCUGUGACGAGGACGGAGGUGUGGCAUCCCAGACAGAGUUUAAAAGCUGCUGUUUGCUGAGUGACUUUGAGCAGCGACUCAAGGACCACACAGCAAACAGGUCUGUGUUCCAGGAGGGAGUCUUCAUUGACAACACUGAAACUUUUUUUAGGUUCAUAGAAGAUGAUUCUGUUAGGAGCUUUGUUAAUGAAUUUGUAAAAUAUGUCUCCUAAACUCAGGUCAGGAUGGGAGGUCUCUCUGGCUGGUCUGGAUCCAUGCUAGCUCUCCUCCUGAUCUUCUCCAUGCAGACUGGGAGUGGAUCAGGAAACACAGCACCUGAUUGUUCAUCCAUUCAGAAUGGAGCUAGUGGAGUUUACAGCAUCCAACCUCAAGAAUUUAGGUACAGCUUUCAGGCUUACUGUGAGAUGGGUGCAAAUGGAAUCUGGACGGUGAUCCAGAAGCGUACUGGAGGAGCAGUGGCCUUUGACAGGGAAUGGGCAGCAUAUAAGAAUGGAUUUGGAUUUGCAUCAUGGGAUCACUGGCUCGGUCUGGAGAAGAUUUCUGCAAUGACCAAAUCCAAGAGGUGGAAACUGAGAGUGGACCUGUGGGACUUUGAAGGUGGCAGUGCUUAUGCUGAGUAUGAAGACUUCAGGGUCGGAGAUGAGAGCACAAAUUACAGACUGAGUGUUGGCAGAUACAGAGGAACCGCAGGUGAUGCCAUCCAAGGCUAUCCAGGGCAAAAUGGCUAUGGCUUCAGCACCUUUGACCGUGACAAUGAUGGCUGUGACCCUUGCAUCUUUUUUGGUGACAUUGCUGCAAAUUCAUGCACUGAUUUCGACCGUGGUGGCUGGUGGUACAGCAAGUGUGGCGCCGCCAGUCUAAAUGGAGAAUGGCAUCCAAAAGGAGAAAACACUGGUUGGCUUUCAGGUCUUCACUGGCUCACCUGGAAAAGACCCGUGUCUUACUCAGCCAGGGCCACCAGAAUGAUGAUCACUCCCAUGUAA